UGCACGAUCGCUUCCAAUGGCAAACUUACUCCCCGCUUCGAAUACAUCGCGGAUUUGCGUAAACAGAAGGAGGCUGCAAAUGGCGUCAAACACAAAGUGCUCAUUCUGGGCGCUGGAUUUGUUGUUCCACCGAUAAUUGGCUACCUAACUCGGGAUGGCGACAUUAAAGUUACCGUCGUUUCCAAUUUGAUGUCCGACCUGGAGAGUGUCAAGAAGACCUAUCCGAAUAUCUCCGUGAAGCAAUUGAACAUUUUGCAAGAUACCGAAGGAUUGGGCAAACUUGUUGCUGAGCAUGAUCUCGUAAUGAGCAUGAUUCCCUGGAAGUUCCAUGCUCAGGUUUUCCCCGUCUGCAUCCAACACAAAAAACACAUCCUUACUGCCAGCUAUUUAUCUCCAACGCUUCGUGCCAUGGAACAGCAAAUCAAGGAUGCUGGAAUAACGGCUGUCAUGGAAGUAGGUCUGGACCCUGGAAUCGACCAUAUGCUCACCAUGGAGUGCUUUGACGAGACGUAUGCAAAGGGUGGGAAGAUAAUCUCUUACGAGUCCUAUACGGGCGGCCUUCCAGCCCCUGAGUACGCUGACAACCCCCUGCGCUACAAGUUCAGCUGGAGCCCUGAGGCAGCGAUGACUACCGUCCUCAAUGGCGCCAUCUACCUGGAAGACGGAAAGGUGGGACUGGUCAAGGAGAUCCCCCCCGGCGGUGCGCUGAUGGACCACGCGCACGAAAUGAACGAUCUGGUUGGUUUUAACCUCGAGGGCUAUCCCAACCGCGACUCCAUCUCCUACAAGGACAUCUACAAACUGAAGGACUGUCACACGGUGAUCCGUGGCACACUGCGUUAUAAGGGGUUCACGAAAGUGAUCAAGGCACUAAUAAACCUCGGAUUCAUGGACCAGAAUCCGAAUGACAAGCUAGCUCCAUCCUGUCCUCCGAUGAGCUGGGUAUGCGUAGCCUUGAUUAUUUUUAAGGAGGUAACGUGUGUGGUUUUGGGACUGGAUCCCAAAAUCUCAGUUGCAGCAGUCGAGGCCGCGAUCAGGAAGAAGUUAAACAUGCCGGAGGAGACCGUGCAGGCGGUUCUUACACUGGGUAUAUUGGGCGAGAAGAAGGCCAAACUGUGUGGCAAUCCAUUUUCCACUCUGAGUGUGCACUUUGCUGACAUCAUGGCUUACGGACCAAAUGAGCGCGAUCUGAUAGUGAUGUCACACCAGAUUGGAGUCGAGUGGCCGGACAAGAGACGUGAACUAAAGACCGUCCGCCUGGUGAUCUACGGAGAAGGAGGCAAGGGCAGAGGCGGCUUAGCCAUGUCGCGCACGGUCGGUCUGCCUGCAUCUAUAGCGGCCCGAAUGGUUCUCAAUGGGGAAAUUAAACAAAAGGGCUUUGUUCUCCCGUUUGCACCGGAAGUCUACAAACCAAUCCUUGAGCGCCUGAAGAAAGAGGGGAUCGAGGCGUCUGAAACCACUACCACCCUAUAG